CAUCAGGAAACAGAGGAAGGGAAAUGCAGCAGGAAGAAAGCAGACUCCUGUGGCCUGCUGCAUGUCAGUUCUCUGAACAUACUGUAGUACACGGCUAUUUUUUUUGUCUUUCAGGCAUAUAGCCUCUUUCCUGAUAUUAUUGCUCACAAGACUGAAGGAUAGAUGUGCGGAAUAGUUUAAGUUCCUAAAGGAUGGCUUCCCAGAAACCCUUAUUCAUACCUUGGUUAAAAGACCAAAUAAGCAGUAACAACUACCCUGGACUGUGCUGGAUUAAUGAAGAAAGAACUCAAUUUUGCAUCCCCUGGAAACAUGGCCUCCGGCAUGAUUUAUCUGAGAAUGAUUCUAAGAUUUUUGAGGCAUGGGCAAAGGCAAGUGGACAUUACAGACCUGAGGUUGACAAGAAAGAUAACUCAAUAUGGAAGAGAAAUUUUCGGUGUGCAAUGAACAAGAAGAAGCAGCUGAUUCGUUUAAUACACGACAAAAGUAGCGAAUCUGAAAAUCCUCAUAAAGUGUUUGAGUUCAGUGAUGGACUUUGUAACACUUCCAGUGUAGAAGCUGAUGAUGAAGACAAUGAAGGUGAGAGUCCUCUGUCAGAUUUAUCACAACCAGCAAGUUUUCAUCCCUUCUCCGGCGUAAAUCAGGUUCCUCUAGAAAGCUAUCUGGGCCAGAUGUCAAUGUCUGAAAAAGUGGAUGUACAGGAAGAUGGUAAACGGACAGGGGCCAUCCCUAAGAGGAAGCUACCUAAUAAAACUUAUGCACAAGCAGGCAGAGAACCUGCAAGAAAAGUGGAGACUAACCACAUGUCUUUGGAAUAUGGCAACAUUCAGCACAUGUCUCCAGUUCUGGAGAUUUCACCUUCUACUUUACAGCCCCCCAUGGAGGCUCUUGCAGCAAGUUCUGUACCAAAAGAACCAUUCCAAGAGGUGGACACGGACAGUCAGUGGAAUGAAUUUCGUAGCUCCCAGAUUGACAGGUUUGGCACAGAGUUUAAAAUCUCAGUAUAUUAUCGUGGUAGAAAUGUUAAAGAGGAUACUGUAACAAAUCCUGCUGGCUUCCGUAUUUUCUUCAAUCACCAUGAAACUAUUGCAGAGCACCUUGAUGCAUUUUCCCUUCCUGAUACAUCCAUGCUCACAGAUCAGCUGCAAAUACUCUAUAUCAACCGUUUGCUGGAGAAAGUUUACCAAGGGCUGAUCUUAGAGGUGCAACAGAACUGCAUUUAUGCUCGUCGACUUGGCAGAUGCAAAGUGUACUGGUCUCUCUCAAAACACCCAACCAACCAACCAGCUCAGGAAAUUGGAAAAGUAGAACCGACCAUGGUGUACAAUUUCUCCUCCUUUAUAUCAGAUCUGAUGGCAUUUCUGGAAAGAAGGCAGGGACCCCCUGAAUAUUCAUUUUGGCUGUGUUUUGGAGAGAUCUGGCCAGAUCAUGAGAACAGACCCUGUGAGAAGAUGCUUAUCAUGGUGCAGGUUACCCUGGUUUCAUGUCAGACGUUGCAUGAAAUGGCAGUUAUGUGUGGUGCAUCUUCUAUGCAGGCAGAGAAUGUAAACUUACAGAUAUCAGACUCUCUUAACAGUGCAAACCUUCUGUCUUGGCUGCAAGAAUUAGAGGAAAGGAUGGAGACAGCCUAAGAAGAUCAAGUACCCACCAUCUCAUCUGCAGUCUGUCUGUAUGUCCAUCCUAGGGUAAUGUUUUAACCAAACCGAAUACACAAUGAUUAGGGGUGUUUCUUCAUGAUGUUUACUAAAACAACAAAAUGUUUAAAAAUCUACUUACUGUCAGUGGACAUAAGACAGAUUUUACUAGCAACCUAAAAUUUCAGACAUCUUUUCUUUAUCUGAGUUAGUUAAUGUAUUAAUUUUAAUACUCAGGGGUGCUUUCUUAUUUUAUUAAAAAUGUAUUGGUGCAGUUUCCAUGUCUGAAUGCUUGAAAUAAAAUUGUCAGAAGUUUAGAGUGUUUGUUUUCAAUAAAAUUUGUCAGAAUUAAAGUCAGCUAUCUUGUUCUGUAAAAAGAAUUAAUAUUGCAAAUGGUGCUUAGUUCAUGUACAGCAGGACUUUUGAGUAUAUCAAGGACUUGAUAAAAUAAACAAUAUUGUUAUCCUGACAAAUUAAUGAAA